UUACACAUUCAUCGUCCAGGAAGGAAACAGAAAUGGCACCGACAGCAAUUAGAUUAUGCUGUGCUGCCUUUAGGUGGACACCAGUCGUAUUUAUAUCAGCGAUAGUGGUGUGGUCAUACUAUGCUUACGUGAUUCAAAUGUGUAUUUUGACUGUUGACAGUGUUACAGAAAAAGUUUUAUAUUUGCUACUGUACCACCCAUUGUUGGUGAUGUUUGUAUGGUCAUAUGGUAAAACCAUAUUUACACCUGUUGGAACAGUGCCAAAAAAGUUUUAUUUACCACACCAAGAUGCUGACAAAUUGAUGAGGGAGACAAAUGAGGAAGCUCAGAAAAAUAUACUGAUAGAAUUUGCUAGAAAUUCUAAUCUGCCAGUACAAAACAGAACACAUUCAGGAGCGCCAAGAUACUGUGAAAAAUGUCGAUGUAUAAAACCAGAUAGGUGUCAUCAUUGUUCAGUAUGUGGUACCUGUGUGUUAAAGAUGGAUCAUCAUUGCCCAUGGGUAAACAACUGUGUGGGGUUUACUACUUAUAAGUUUUUUGUGAUGUUUUUGGGAUAUGCUUUAGUAUACUGCAUAUAUGUAGCACUUACAUCAUUGAAAUAUUUCAUCUCAUUUUGGUCGAAAGGGAUCAACCACAAUAUGGGCCAUUUUCAUGUUUUAUUCCUGUUUUUUGUUGCUGUGAUGUUUGGUAUAAGUCUAAUUUCACUUUUUGGCUACCAUAUCUACCUUACAGUUAAAAAUAGAUCUACACUAGAGUCUUUUAGAUCACCUAUAUUCCAGUCGGGGCCAGACAAAAAUGGCUUCAGCCUGGGAAAGUACAAUAACUUUAUAGAAAUAUUUGGAGAGAAUAAGAAGCUAUGGUUUAUUCCAGUAUUUACAAGUGAAGGAGAUGGGGUGACUUUCCCAACACCAACAACCAGUACGUCAAGUUCUUAUCAAACAAUGGGAACCACGAGCCCAUCGACAAUUCCAAGUUCUGGAGAUGGUGUAACAUAUCCAACUCGUACUGUAGAUCUGGAUAGUGAUGGGUUAUUGGCUGAUAGACAGCGCUGGAUGGAAGAAGGAGAUCUAGAUUCUAAUAUCACAAAUGGAGCAAACAAAAUGUCGUCAUCUAAUCAGAACUUGAUCACCUCUCUCCAGGAAUGAUCUUUCUUUAUGAUAUGGCUCAUACAACAGAGACAGUGGAGUGAGACUAGCAUACUAGAUACAGACUAUAGAAAUAGCAGAUUUUAUAUAUAGUGUAGAAGAUUGUGGUGUCCCCGAUUUUACCAGACAGUAGACCAGCACAGAGGCAGAAUAGAAAGUAUAGAAAAUGGAAAUAGACUAUAUUAAUGUUUUGACACAAGUGUAGAAAACAGAAAUAGACUAUAUUAAUGUUGUGACACCGUGCUCAAUUGGGACAGAACAAAUGCUGCAAUGUCAGAUAUGUUUGUGACUCUAAACUGAAGCAAAGCUUGAGAAUUGUCGAAUAACACAGGGUUUUGUUUUCACAUAACUUGUGAAUAUAUCCUGUAACAGAUGUUUAAAACUUAUUUCUGCAAGGAUUGAUUUUCAUGAAAUAAUCAAAAAUGUGAAAACAAUGAAAAUUAAUCUGCCAGGAAAAGUUCUGAUCUUUAAGUACUGGUAAUUCAUGCGGUCUUGUAAGCUUGAUGGGUAUGAAGUCAUGUCAAUGGAAUGUCUGUAUCCAUGGACACUGUAUACCAUGACUAAAUGUCUUAAACAAUGAAUCCCAAAAUCAUGGAUUUAUAUACAUGUAAUACAUUUGCUUAAAAUUUACAUUAGUUUAAAGAGGCACGCCACCAGAUGGACAACAACAUUUAUAAAAUAUCAAAGAUUGGUAUUUAGAAGAAAAAAUCUGCUAAAUUCUUUACCCUUUGCAUCACUUUUGAAUUGGAUGAUUGGGUGACUAAUACUUUAAAGAUUCUAUGUAAGUCAGACACUUCGAGAAAUGCUUUUUUUCAAAUAAAAACUGUAUCUGAAAGCAUUUUCUUAUUUUGAAAAAGCCGACGCUAAGUCUGGAGUCGUACCCCUUUAAAUCUUGUACACAUCUACACAUGCAUGCAUACAGGAAUGUGCAUCUUUUGGAUGUAUAGUUCACAUUUUCAUAUGUAUUAAAACAAAGACUGCUUAUGCUUAUGUUAGUAUUGAUAAAAUUUACAUGCACAUUUUAGUCAUUCCUGCGUAUUUAAUACGUGUGUGUUUAAAUCUGUUGAUCAGUUUUAAUGUAUAUUGUAAACAGUGUCUGCAUACGUAUUAGUUAACCAAAUUGUAUAUACAUGUAAAAUAGUUAAAAGCUGUACAUAUGAUAUGUGUAUAAAAAGCCAAAACACAUAAUUAUGUAUAUAUGCAUAUCAUGCUUACUGAAGCUAAUCAGACAUAUAAUAAAGCAAAGUCUGUGCUCAAAGUGAUUGCAAAGUGAUUGCAGCUUUAAAGGGGCACACCUCCAGAUGAAUUUCAAUUUUUUUGAAUACCUACUGUGCCCUUGUGAGUUAGUAAAUAUAAGUUUAAAGUAAAAAUAAAAAGUGAUGAGUGCAUUCUUUGCAGUAUUUUGUGAUUAAACAAUCUUGACUUUUUGUGUAUAAAAUAUGAGGAAAAACUCAGUCUGGCAUUAGAAGCUGGUUGUAAAAUAGAAAGAAUUGAGGUGUUAUUUAAAACAUACUCAUAAAUAUAUCAAUAGAACAAUAUUAUUUCAUUGCUUCUGAUAAAUAUAUCAUAUUGCUUUUUGUUUUGAAAAAAAAAUGUUGUAGGCAUGCCCCUUUAAUGUCAGACUAAAUAUGUUAAACCUAUACACUGUGGUCAGAUUCAGUGCUUUAUUAACUGGCAUUUUCCAGAAGCGGUUGUAAUUUGUAUCCAGUAACUACACAUGUCCAGACAAAAUGUAAAAUAACUAUUAGACAUUCUUUUGCAUAUGUCUAAAUAGUUCAUUUAGUCAGAAAUGACUUUGAUGUAAAGUUCCCUUUUAUUCAUAAAUAAGACUGAAAAUUAUGUGGAAAAUUUUUCACUACAACAGCUUGUGUGUUUAUCAGAAUUUCUUAGUUUAGUGAAAUACUUUCCAUUGUCCCUAGAAUUGAUAGUUAAUUUACUUUUUGGGGGGUGAAACUCUGACUUGAUUCUGUAAAAUCAGACAUUCAUGCGAUACAAACUAUUUUGCUACCUUCAAAAUAACAGGUUUUCUAGGUAGAAUAUGCGUGUGUGGACAGCUUAUGAAAUAAAUUGGACUAUAUGUAACAGUGUUUUUGUUAAAUAUCGUUUUCUUGUGGAGUUAAGUCAGAUUUGUUCUCCGUCAUAUUUGCUGCAUAUCUUCUGUUGCAAUAUUGAAAAGGUCAUUGUCUCAGACAGAUCUAAGAUAUCUGGUUAUUGAGACGUGACAUUAUCAGUUAUUAGAAUUUUUUCAGUUGAGAAAUUACGCAGAUUCUGCAUCAGACAUACUGUCUGACUUCAGGAGCAUAAUGAACAAAAAUUAUUGCAUAUUUCUUGAUGUAAAGCUGGUAAUCAUUUUGUUACAAAAGUACAUUUACGAUUUAUGUGAGGGUUGGUCCAGAAUGAACUGGACUUUCCUUUAAUGGUUUCAUUUACUUAAAAUUUUACCAAGCAUACCUUUACAUAUUAUCUACCUUUAACUUGAAAGAAAUGUUUGCUUUUGUCUUCAAACUACCCUUUUGUCGGUCCUCAUAGUUACAAGUAAAUGCUGAAGCAUAUUAGUUCAAAUGAGCCGCACCAUCAGAAAACCAAAACAGUGCAUUGGCGACCAGCAUGGAUCCAGACCAGCCUGCGUACCGCGCAGUCUGGUCAGGAUCCAUGCUGUUCGCUAACAUUUUCUCUAAUUCCAAUAGGCUUUGAAAGCGAACAGCAUGGAUCAUGACCAGACUGGUCUUGGUCCAUGCUGGUCGCAAACGCACUAUGUUGGUUUUCUCAUGAUGUGGCUCAAAUACAAAGUUCAAAUGUAUUGAAUAUCCACUGGGGCACACUUGCCUCAGUUAAAGCACUGAAUAGUUUAUGCAGAUUGAUAUUACAUAAGGAAUUUCAACAUCAUAUUUUUUGUCUACUUCGAAAUUAUAAUGAUUAUAAAACUAUACACAUGAACCUAACAUAUCAAUGUCUGAAUAGUUUAGUAAUACUGCACAAGGUUAUAUUUUGGUUUAAAGCUAGGCAGAACACACAUAUAUACAGCAAUGAUUGUUCUAAAAAUAUUAUUGAUGCCAUGUUUGCAGUUGCUAGCUUUGAACUGGAGUUGUAAUCUAUGAAAUAGAAAAUGAAUAAUUCUGAUCGCUCAACGACACAUCGGGAACAAACAAAUUGCAUUGAAACAGACAGGAUAAUGUUGAGCAGACUGCAAAUUUGAAUUUUCAAAUAGUACAACACCGUCUUCAUGUUUAGCUCGACUAUUCGAAGAAUAGGGGAGCUAUCCUACUUGCCCGGCGUCACACAAAUGUUAAAGUUUGCGUACCACCCCAAAUAUUUUCAAAGUCCAUUGAGAUAUUGCUUUCAUAUUUUGCAUACUUGUUAACAAUCAUGACCCCAGUCUGUAAAAAGGAGGAGGCAACUCUAUCAAGCAUUUUGACUGAAUUAUGGCCCCUUUUUGACUUAGAAUAUGCUUAUUGUAAUGUUAAAGUUUGCGGACCACCCCAAAUAUUUUCAAAAUCCAUUGAGAUAUUGCUUUCAUAUUUUGCAUACUUGUAUAUCAUCAUGACUCCAGUCUGUUAUAAGGAGGAGGCAACUCUAUCAAGCAUUUUGACUGAAUUAUGGCCCCUUUUCGACUUAGAAUAUGCUUAUUGUAAUGUUAAAGUUUUACUCAUAGCUUAUAUUAUACUAACGGUAUCAAGCACUGAGAAUAGUCGAGCGCGCUGUCAACUGACAGCUCUUGUUUUUAUUGCAAAUCCAUCAGAAAAAUUCAGAUUUACUGUAUACUUGACCCUACUCUAGUAUGAAAAGUUAAUUUUCUCUCUCUCUUUUUUUUUUGUUGGAGGGGGGAGUGGGAGGGGGAUGUUUGUAGUGAGAACUAGAAAUAUUUGCACUUAAAGAGUGAUAAAAAUUUCUUACUAGUUUUUACUGUUGGGAGUGUAUAGAAUUCUUGUUUCUGUAUGUAAAUACUGUAUAGAAUGUUUUAUUGUUGUUAUUUAUUUAAAAUAAGUAUAUGUGAUUGUAUAAAAGUUUUUUAUUAAAUGUUGAAAGGUACACUGAAUUAAAAUCAGCUCCUGUUGAUUUAUCCAUUCUUUUUGUUUCAUCCCUUAUCUGAAUUACAUGUUUUCGCCAACCUAAUUAUGAAAAACAGUUUGACCUGGAUCCAUUUUGGCAUUACCAAUUUUCAUUCCCUUAUUUGAAGAACUGUAUAUUGUUUUGUUGAUGUCAGUCCCUUUAUACAUUGGCAGAUGAUUCAGCUACAGAAUACUUGGGUUUACAUCUUUCAAAUGAUACAGGAUGAUUGCCUGUGGUCAGUUGCUUUUGGGGGUCAAUAUGUAAAAGGUAAAGGUCAAAAUUGCCUGUGGUCAGUUGAUGAACCCCUAAUGUUUUUGGGGUCAAUGCAAAAGGUGAAUGUCAAAAUCGUGAAACAACCAGUUUCAAAUCAAUCAGAGAAUGAUUGGGCCUGUGCCCAUUAAUCUUCAUUAUAAUGCAGUUGGAUCUUGGUCAAGGUAAAUUUUAGACAGAAAAUUACUCGUACAGUUCUGACAGACCGCCAUUUCGAUCAUUAUUAUAUGUGUAUUACUAACAGCAGCUGUUCUUCACAUAUAUGUGCAGAUGUAGAAAACCUUUACUUACAUUACCGGUAAGUGUCCAAUAAACAAAUCAAGAGUCUCAUUACACCAGAAGGUAGGUACGCAGUUUUAAACUUCGGAAAGUAGGAUUUACAACAGUAAACCAACUGGUUUAUCAACUAGAAUUUCACACUUUGCUAUGAUUUUAAUAUACUCUUAUUGUGCAAAAUAUGCAAUAAGUAUUCUACAUGUAUUUUUACCUGUAUAGAUAACAAAUCUCCCUUGCUUGGCUUCUCUGUCAGUCUGUCUGUCCCAAAAGAUAGUUCUAUACAAUAUAUCGCCAUAGUGUACAGAAAAGUUAUUAAAAUACCUUAAUAUCAUAAGCAAUCAAGUUGAAAAAAACCCUUUUUGUACUGAACCAAAGUUGAAAUGAAUAUUCAGUCAUUAUAUCAUUUUAUUUUUCAUGUAAAAGAAGUAACAUGUAUUAUUAUGCCUUGGAAAGAGGGAACUUUUUGGAAAUCUCAGCCAGGGUAUUCAGUUAACUAUCACCUAAUAAACCAAAUAGUGUUUUUGUAUACAAAAUGUAUUGCUUAUGUUCUUUUUUGUAUCUAUUGCAUAGUUAUGUAUUGAGUAUUGGAAAAGAUUUUAUAUGUGUUGAAGUCUGUCAAUUUGCCAUUUUUAAACAAUAAAAAAUGUGUUAUUAA